AUGCUUUUCUCGACAGUUUUAUCGACAUAUUUGGCAGCUGGUGCGCUGGCCACAUCCCCUCAAAUUCGUACUUUGGGUCAGCUUGCCAACGGAACAUGGCUGGAAAAUAUUGUCAUGCGCCCAAAUGGAGCAAUUCUAACCACGCAGCUUCUUUCCCAGUCAAACGUUUGGACCGUGAGGAGACCAGAGUCCCGCCAUACCUGUCUUAAACUAGUUACUUCUUUGCCUGACAGCAACGCUGCUGUGGGCAUUACGCGAGUCAACGAUAUCGGUGGCCUUGAGACCUAUGUAGUCUUGGGGGGCAAUUUCACCGACGGCGAAAGCCCACAUCCCGGAGAAUAUACAGCAUUCGCUCUGCAGUUCUUGGAUAAGCAUUCCGACAAGUUUAAACUGAAAAAAAUUGCUGCCCUGGGACCUUCCAGUGUCUCGGCAAAUGGCAUCACAAGCUCCGACGAAUAUCCUGGCGUGGUUUUUGUUGCCGACAGCUUUGCCGGUCUGGUCGGUAGACUUGACGUCUCCGCUGGCCAUUUCCAGCAAGGGGUAUGGGCGUAUAAAGAAUUGAAAGCACCACCAGGCUUCAGGACUGGUGUCAAUGGAGUCAAAAUUUACAAGUCACAUCUCUAUUGGACAAACAGCGACUUGGUUGCAAUCUACAAGGUUCCCCUCACGAAAUCGGGAUGGGCUGUCCCAAAUGCAGUUCCUCAACUAGUUGCAAAUUUAUCGAGUGUUGCUACCAUCGUGGACGACUUUGUAAUUGAUCAUCAAGGAAAUAUCUAUUCUGCCACUAAUCUGGACAAUACGGUCAUUUUCUCCGACACAAAGACUGGGAAAAGCAAAAUUGUGGCGGGGGGUUUGAAGGACUUUAUAUUGCAAGGUGUAGGUGCUCUGGCUAUCGGAAGGGAGACCCGAGGAGAAAUCGUCCUGUACGGUGCAACAUCUGGAGGACUAGAGCGUCCGAUAGAUGGCAUAACAGAGGGAGCAAAGGUUUCAUCAAUUAUUCUUAAGACGGGGUAA